UGUGGACUUAUAGUAAAUCUGAUCCUCAGCCACCCUCAUCUGUCUCUGUUCUUAGGUUGAGGUAAAUGUUGGAAAUGGAAUAUGCAGAAUGCAACAGAACCCAUCACAGCGCCAUCGUGUGGCUACAGGGGGUAAAGAGAACCCGCUGAAAGUUUGGGAUCUGGAGAGACCAGAUAAGCCAAUAUUCACAGCCAAAAAUGUAGCCCAUGACUGGUUGGAUAUGCGAGUGCCCGUGUGGGUGAGAGACAUUGGCUUCAUCCCAGAUUCAGAUAAAAUAGUCACAUGCACCGGACACCAACAGGUGCGCGUGUAUGACCCCUCGACGCCUCAGAGAAGGCCGGUGUUGGAGGCUCGGUUUGGAGAGUACCCGCUCACUGCGCUCUCUCUUCCUGCCAGCCGGGGCACAGUGGUCGUGGGCAACACUCACGGGGAGCUCGCCAUCCUUGACCUCCGGAAAGGGCUUGUGUGUGGGUGUCUUAAGGGUCUGGCGGGGGCAGUGCGGGGGUUGCAGUGUCAUCCUUCCCUCCCAUUGGUGGCCUCUUGUGGUUUAGAUCGUUUUCUGAGAGUACACAGCCUGGAGGACCGUUCUUUACAGCACAAGGUAUAUCUGAAGUCACGACUCAAUUGUGUGCUGCUGUCUAGCAGAGAACUGGAGUCAUCAAGUGCUGAUGAUAGUGGAGAUGUAGAGGAGGUGAAAGCAGAGGAGGAUGAGGUUUGGGAUACCAUGGAAACAGUGACGGAGAAGACAAAAAAGAGGGCUGCCCAGAAAGACGAAGCAACUGUUACUGGAGUAGAUGGGAAAAAGAAAAGGAAACUAGUGAAAAAGUGAUGUAAAGUAAUUUCUAAUGGACAUUUUUAUCAUUUUAUAUACAGUUUAUGCCUUGAGUAAAACUGUAUCAACAGUGGCCAAGAAUAAACUUAAACCUGAGAGGCUGUUUAAUAUGGAUAUAUAAUAAUAGGUGCAGGUCAUUUUUUUGGUCCAUUAAGUGAAUUUGAACAUUAAAUAAUCUGAAAUGUGAUUCUAAAAUUGCAUUUGAAAUGUCAAAACUCUGCUUAACUGG